UCCCUGUCUCCCGCAGCCCCGCUGGCCGCUGUGUCCGCUCGCGCUCGGGCUGGGCAUCCCGCCGCCGCCAGCUGCCAGCCGCCAGGCGCCGGCGCGCCCCGCCCCGCCCCCGCGCCCCCGGCCCCCCGCCCCCAAUUCCCCUGGCCGCUCCGCUGCCCAGCGCCCGCCCCCGACCAGCGCUCGCCGACCCCGGCCGCCCAGCGCCCGCCUCCGAUCUCCGAUCUCCGAGCGGGCAACGGGACGAGCGCUCGGUCUGCCCGUCUGGUCCUCGCCAGCGACGCCCAACCCUAGCAAAAUCGCCUGCUUGCGGCGCAAGCAGCCUGGGGCCCUGCGCAGAUCGGGAGGAUAGGAGGAGGGCGAGCCAGCGCGAACUCGCGGCGGAGCAGCGCCUAGAGGCCGGGGCCCCGAAACGGCGGCGCCUGGAGGCCGGCGACCCAGUGCGGGCGUGCGGCCACGCCUGGAGCCGGACAGGCGCACCGCGGAGGCGCGGAGCCGCGGACGGCUGGCUGCAGGCGGACGGGCAAAGCACAAACAGAAGCAACCAAGCAGCAAGAAGUCACGUCCGACAGCCCCCGGAACCAGUUCACGAGGCGCCACCCACGCCGUGGCAACAGCGCCGCCCUUCCCUCGCCGGCGCUGAUGGUGCCGCCGUCUCCACCUCCAGCGUCAAUCCUCUUCACGCGCCUCGUCCUCCUCUUCCUUCUUGCCGCCGCCGCGUGGGCUUCAGCGGUGCCGCCCGAGGAGUUCACGGAGGAGCUGCUCCUGCGGCCGCUCCCCGACCGCAAGGCACUGUCCCACUUUUACUUCCGCUCCUUCGCACCCCCAGCUGCCUCUGUCGGGCGGCACCACCACCUCUUCCCCAAGGCCAUCUCCCAGCUGGUCAAAAAAUAUCAUAUUAGUGAGUUGGAGCUAUCUUUCACCCAGGGAAGAUGGAACUAUGAGCAAUGGGGUGGAUUUGAUCCUAUGUCAACAAGUAAUGCAAAGCCUCCUGGUGUUGAGCUAUGGGCAGUUUUUGAUCUUCCUUUGUCUGAGAUUGAUGCAACAUGGAAGAAUCUGACCCAUACACUAUCUGGCCUGUUUUGUGCAUCCAUCAACUUUUUAGAGUCCACUUCAUUUUCUGCUCCUCGUUGGGGAUUUAAAUCAAAUGAAGGCAAUUUGCGAUAUGGUGCAUUGCCUCGUGAAGCAGUAUGCACUGAGAAUCUGACACCUUGGCUGAAACUUCUUCCAUGUCGCGACAAAGCUGGGAUAGCUUCUUUGUUGUAUAGACCUUCAAUUUACAAAGGAUAUUACCAUUCCCAGAAACUGAAACUAAGAUCAUCCCAGUCACUUGGUAUUAUUCUUGAUCAAACACUGACUGUCGUACUGCAACCAAAUACUAUUAAUGGUAAACAGCUACAUUCUAGUCACGGACAACUUCAGCCCAGCUGGUCCAUGAGACAUCUUUUCAACAGAAAGCUGUCAGGGAAAUGCCUUGUUUCUAAAUCCAGCAGAAUAUUCAUAGAGGUUGAUAAAGGUAUUGUUGACAAAAUUAACAAAUCUGGAAGUGAUCUUUCUUGGAAUAAUGAAUUCUUUGUAUUGUCCAAUGGUCCGGAUAGGUUGAUCAAAGACCUAAAUGACUUGGAAGUUCAAUCUUCUUCUAUAUACGAGUAUGAUGUUAGUAACUACAGUGAGGAAAAGCCUUUUGAUGUGGGCAUAACUUGGAAGCUUCCCCUGACAUGGUCUUGCACCCCCUCACCUUUUCAUGUAAGCAGAUUUCUUAUGGGUAGUGGAAAUGAAAGAGGGUCGAUUGCUCUGUCCUUUACAUCCACUAAUCUUCAUAAGAAGAUAUUUGGCAGCCCAAAUGAUUGCUCAAUAAAGGCAAUCAUUUUCCAGAUUGUUCCAUGGUAUGUUAAGGUCUAUUAUCACAGCCUAGAAAUAUUUAUAGAUGGGAACAGGAAGACUGUAUCAGAUGUAGUCGACAAGAUUCAUGUCACUCCUUCAGAAGACAAGCUUUUGCCUGGUACUCUGGAGAUGCUACUAAGAUUCCCUUGCAGUAUGCAGUCAGCUACUCUGACAUUGGAUUUUGACAAGGGAUUCCUGCAUAUAGAUGAAUAUCCUCCUGAUGCUAAUCAAGGAUUUGACAUUCCAUCAGCUUUGGUUAGCUUUCCUGAGUUCAACUCUGCUAGAAAUUUUCCUGAAACUGAUCCAUUACUUGGAUCUCCUUUACUAGAAAAUUUCCAGGUUUCUGUGAAGUCAUAUACGGAAGUGUUGCUCGUUCCCCUGACAACUCCUGAUUUCAGCAUGCCAUACAAUGUUAUCACCUUCACCUGCACUAUUUUAGCUCUUUAUUUUGGCUCAUUAUUGAAUGCUUUGAGACGAAGGAUUGGCGAGGAAGAGAGAGAGUUGAAGAAAACAGCCACAAUGCACGGGCUCAUCCCUCUGUUGCUAGCUAAGCUAAGGGGGCAAAAGGUUGAUGCAGCGUUGUCAGGGUCUUCACCUGAAUCGACUGGAUCAAAAAAGCUGCUAUUCAAGGUAGUAUUUGUUGCGGUAGCUGCAGUUCUGUUUCACUAUUUCUCAAACAACAGUUGAGAGUUACCAGUGGCUAGUUUCGACUAUGGAGCCACGGCGGUAGAAUGUACCAUCUGUAGUAUAUGUAUUGCCUGCCUGUAAAUUUGGCUGCAUCCAGGCAUUGUUUUGCCACCAUAGAUUCUUGAAAGCAGCAGUUGUCCCUUGAUUGCACUAGGUAUUUUUUUUCCAGGGACCCGAUACACAUUUCUGAAGUUGAUGUAACCACAUUUUUGCCGCUUUGUUUUGUGGCGUUGUGCAUUUUUAUGUAAUAGCUCACAUGAAUCAUCCAUGAACUGCGCCAGUUGCUGAUCUUGGAUUUGACCUACA